AUGCAACCACCCAUCAAUGCACCAACCAUUCAACCUACGUAUCAGCCAACCAAAAAUCCGACUAGACAACCCACUGGUAUUCCAUCCCAACUUCCAACAGUCUCACCAAGUUCUAAUCCAACCACAGCUAUCCCAACAAGUCUGCCCACAAAUGACCCGACAAGAACACCCUUAGCCUUUGCUCCUUCCGGUCAAGUAGCACAAGGGUGCACACAGACAUUCCUAGAUGUUGAAGCAACUUACUAUGUGAAAUUUGAUGAGGACCCAGACUCAAUCCCUGACGAAGAUUUCGGACAGGACUUCUACAAUGCCUUUAAAGCACUGGGGAAGACUGGGUGUGAUCCCAUUGUCACGGAAGCUAACUUUGUGAGAAGGGUUUGGUCUCGUAGGCAGCUAUUUGGAGGUGAUACUCUAAACAAGAAAAUAGAACGUCAGCUACAGCAAUAUAUGCAUGUUGAAUUCUUAGUGAAGUCAAGGCAAACAACAUUUGAUCCAAUCAUGACAGAUGAUGAAGAUAUCCAGAGCUUUCUUCGUGAGUUCACUGUUGGGAUGACCGGUAGCACAGCCACUGCAAUUGCCUUCAGUACAUCGCUUGUGACAAGGUCACCAACCAGCAGUCCUACCAAGCAGCCAAUAUAUCAACCAACAGAACCUCCCACAAGCCAACCAUCGCUUAAACCAACACCAAAUCCAACAGUCACACCAGGUAGCCCCAGUGGCAGUCCAACAACUUUAGCUCCAACUGCUGCACCAACUGAUCAACCAUCGGACCAACCAACCAUUUUGCCAACUGUUGCACCAACCAAGAAACCCACCAGUCAACCAACAAGGAUGCCAACAACCCCCCCCCUCAGGUUCUCCAACAAGCAAGCCAACUCCUCUUCCGACAGUAUUUCCUGGCUCCCCGAGUGCAACCCCAACAUCUGCCAGCCCUACUGGUGCACCAACAGGUGA